GCACAGUAGUAUCAUUUGAAGUGCGCAUCAGAAAAAGUGGUGUACGAUAGCGAAAAUCGACAGAUCAGUGGCGAAUAAGUUUUACGUUUUUUUUUUUUAGAAAGAAGAUACUGAAGAAAACGGUGUAUCGUACGGUUGAUGCGUAACUGAAAGAAUUGACAAUGGGUUCGAAUAAACGGCACAAAACCGAGAAAAGUCGGGACGCUAAGAAGAAGCGUCAUCGUAGCCGUUCACGAAGCUAUACGCCUGAACGUGAGAAAUCGGAAAAGCACAGACAUCACAAAAAGCAUAGAAGAAAAGAGCGCAAGGAUUAUGAUAGCGAUGUCGAAAUAGUUAAUGCACCUCCACCCCCAAAAAUCUCUAAGUCUUCACAUCCGUCAACGCCUCCACCUCCUGAAAUUUCAAAGCAGCAUAGUCCGUCGCCAAGCAAAGGCGGCGGGACACAAACCUCUCUGUCCAUCGAGGAGACUAACAAAUUGAGAGCAAAGUUAGGUUUGAAGCCUUUAGAGGUUGACAGUGGCCCAAAAGAUGAUCCUAAUAAGAUUAAGGAUGACUUGGGAGAAUUUUAUCACAAGCCUGCUCCUGAUGUUAAUGAAAAGUUAAAGACACAGAAAUUAAAAGAGAAAAUUGGUACUCAGAAACAGAAGAGAUUGAUCGAGGCCAAUUUAGCCAAAGUAAAAAGUUUAGGUGAAUGUGAUUCUGAUGAUGAUACCAAAAAUUGGAUUGACAAAACCAGACGUUUGGAGGAAGAAAAGAAAAAAGCAGAAGAAAGGGCAAAAAUGUUAGAUCAAUUAGAUGAAGAAUUUGGAAUUGGAAAUUUGGUUAAAGAAGAAAUUCACGCUGCCCGCAAUACGGCUUACACUGAAAAAAAUUUGAAGGGCCUCAAAGUGGAACACAAUAUUGACAAAUUUGAAGAAGGUAAGACACUGAUCUUAACACUGAAAGAUCAGGAAGUGUUAGAAGAAGGCGAUGAUGUGCUCGUUAAUGUAAACAUAACGGAUGAGGAACGUUAUCAACGUAAUAUUUUCAACAAGACGAAAAAGUCUGGUUACGAUGCAUACGACGACGAUAAUUUCGAUGAAUUCGGAUUCCCAAAGAAAACGAUUUUAGAAAAAUAUGAUGAAGAAAUCGAAGGGACGAAAAAAGAGACUUUCACUCUAGGUGUUAAUAAUAUCAAAGAUGUCAAACAGAACAAACUUGACUACGUAAAACAACGUUUAGCAAACAAACGAUUAGAAUCAUUGCAAUUAAUAGAGCCAAAACUGGCUAGUGAAUAUUAUAAUGAGGAAGAACUUGCAAAAUUUAAAAAGCCAAAGAAAAAGGUUCGAAAGAUUAGGAAAAAAUUAAAAGCGGAAGACUUAAUUCCUGAAGAUAAUGAUUAUCUUCGAGAUCUUGGAAGUAGAAGAACCAAACGAACUGAGGAUGUAAAAGAAAAUGAUGCUUUAGAUGUAGAUGAUUUAGGAGCUCCCGCUGAAGAUCUCAGUGGAAUAAAAUUGGAAGAAGAUGACAAAGAGCUGGAAUUACAAUUGGCGUUAAAGAAAGCUCAAAAACUGAAGGAAUCACAAUCGUCAAGUAUUGAAAAGGUUGUUGAAACCAUAAAGCAAGAGCCUAUGGGCUCUGAAGAAAAUCAAUCUGGAAAUAUCGUUCUUAACGCCACUGCAGAAUUUUGCAGAACUUUAGGAGACAUUCCUACUUAUGGUCUUGCCGGGAAUAGGGAAGAAAAUGGACAAGAACUAAUGGACUUUGAAAUGGAUGGAGUCAAAGAGGAACCUCCUGCAAACGAAGAGGAAGAUGAUGGCCGUGGCGCGUGGAAUACUGUUCAUUUAGAUGAAAGUACGUCAGAACCAGUAGCAAUGGAAGCUGCGAUUUUGGAUGCAGAACCUUCGCUCGGGCACGGCGUUGGUGGAGCGUUAAAACUCGCUAUGAGUAAAGGUUAUUUACAAAAAGAGGAUAGUAGUAGACCAUCGGCGUCUCGUUUCGCUCAUCUACAGGCUCAAAAUUACUCGAUAGAGGACAAGACUUACGGAGAUGAUGACAAAUUUGGUAGAAGGGAUCGUUUCAAUGGUCCAACGUCAGAGUUCAAAGAGAAAGAUGGUUUCAAACCAAACGUCAAGCUGGAAUACAUCGACGACGAUGGUCACGUUUUAAGUGCAAAGGAAGCUUUUCGAUAUCUCUCGCAUAAAUUCCAUGGGAAAGGCCCAGGAAAAAAUAAGGUUGAGAAACGAAUGAAGAAAGCAGAACAAGAAGUUUUAAUGAAGCGAAUGUCAUCUACAGACACGCCUCUGGGAACGCUUAAUUUACUGCAAGCAAAACAAAAAGAAACUCAGUCGCCAUACAUAGUACUCAGUGGAAGCAAACAAAUGCAAACGACUAGCAUAUCGAAGUCAAAACAUUAAGUCUUAGAGUUAAUUUCUAUAAGAUCUGUAUAUAACGUAGAGGCAGAAAAAAUCUUUUAUCGGCACACUUUUUCAGACAGAAUAGUACAUUAAUAUUGUCGGAAAGCAAAUAAUUGCACAUUUCUCCUUUAAUUUGUUAAUCACUUACAUGAUAAUAAAACACUUAGACUACAAAGGGAA